AAGUGACUGGCACCGCAGGCCUGAAGCUUUAUCAGUCUUCAAGGCAAUCCUCGGGAUCACUUAGAUUCUAUGGACUUAGUCUGGAGAAUGGACUUCACAAUGUAAGUUUGUCCUUUGCUGAGACAGUUUUUGGUGAUCAGGGCUCACAAAAGUGGAUGAGUCUUGGAAGGCAUGUUUUUGAUAUCUAUAUUCAGGACUCUCCAGUUAAAAGAUUUUGACAUAUCAACAAGAGCAGGUGGGGAAGGAAAAGCAAUUACAAACAAAUUUAAUGCUAAUGUGUCUGAGAACUAUCUUGAAAUUCACUUAUUAUGGGCUGGUAAAGGGACCUGUUGCAUACCUGACCGAGGUAGCUAUGGGUCAUUAAUUUCAGCUCUUAAGUGUCAUUCCAGACAUACUGAAUUUUCCUACUCAGAUUUCACACCAACUGUUGGUACUAGACGAAAGAAGAAGAAGAGUGGGUUGAUUGUUGGUAUUGCUGUAGCUCUUGGAAGUUUGGGUUUGAUACUGAUAUUUUUAAUUCUUCACUUGAGGAUAAAAAGAGAUAAUGAUGAUGCAGAAGGAAGAAGGGGGAGGCAUCUUGAUUGGCCUACCUGGUUCAAAAUAUGCUUGGGAACUGCAAGAGAUCUAGCAUAUCUUCAUGAGGAUUCUAGGCCAAAGAUCAUACAUCGAGAUGUCAAAACAAGUAAUAUUUUACUUGAUGCAAAACUCUGCCAAAAGAUAUCAGAUUUCAGAUUGGCAAAGCUGUAUGAUGACACUAAACUCACAUCAGCACCAGAGUUGCAGGGACCAGAUAAGCUGCUUCAAUCAUUCCUUGACUACCAUUCUUCCUUAAUAUUCCAUUUUAGAAUGUGCUGCUGA